AUGAUGGCGCCGGCCUUCCGCGCGACCGUGGCGCUGCUGCUCGUGGCGCCGGGGGGCGCCGGCCGGGCGCUCCCUGCGCUCCAGGCCGACAGCAGCCUCCUGGCCCGCUCCACGGAGCUGCGGCUGCGGGAGCGCGCGGCGCUGAGCCCGCCCGCCCGGCUGCAGCUGCUGCGCGCGGACGCCCAGAUCGCCCAGUGCCUGCAGAGGCGCCGGGCCGACCCGACGCAGAUCGCGGCCACGGUGCAGCAGGGCCUGUCGGCGGUGAUGGGGGCGGUGAAGCACUUCAUGAUGCAGCCGCCAGAGGUCGAGCAGGGGCUCGACGUCCUCGGCAAGGGGCUCCUGGAGGCCAUCAGCGAGCCCAUCCGGGAGCAGUACAGCAACGCGACCGCCUACGCGGCCUUCGAGCAGGAGUGGAUGGGCUUCUUCGAGACCGCUGUGAGCACCACCCCGGCCGUCCAGGGCAACAUCACGCUCUUCCAGGAGGAGGGCCGCCCCGACGCGGUGAUCAUGGCCAUCUCCGACAUCCUCUGGCUGUUGAGCGAAGGCGUCGUGAGGUUCGUCCCGCACGAGACGGCGCAGGAGGUGGCGAAGUACGUGGACGCAGUGGGCGACCUCCUGGGCGCCGUGGGCGCCAGCUGGGAGGGCUUCGGGAGCGGCCAGGAGGCGCAGGCCAUCGAGGACCUCUACUUCGCGCUCAGGGGGGUCCUGGACCAGGUGCUGCCCGAGGACCUGCGGAACGACGAGACGUACAAGCUGGUCAUCGGGACCCUCGACGGGGUGAUCUACAGCCUGAGCGAGACGGUGCUGGACUUCCAGCGGCAGAUCGUCGAGGGCACCUGGAAGGUGAGCGAAGAGGAGCCCGAGGAGCUGCUGCAGGAGGCGCACCGCGCUGGCACCGCGGGCGGGCUCGAGCGUGCCGUCGCCGGCAAGGUGGACGGCUCCGCGAGCGGCAAGCAGCCCAUUCCCGACGGGGCCAUGGUCGCUCUCUGCGAGGAGACCGGCAACUACACGGAGAAGAUCGGCCACUGGUGUUACGCCGCCUGCCCAGCUGGCAUGGCGUCGGUCGGGCUGCAGUGCAAGACGCAGUGCCAGGGCGAGUUCCCGGCUGACGACGGUGCGAUGAUGUGCGGGCACAACCCUGGCGUGCUUGCAGAGGCUGUCAUGAACAUGGUCAUCGGCGUCGCCACUGGCGCCAUCAAUUCUGGCCUGCUCAUCGCCUCGAUGGCGAAGGACGGGGUUGAUACGGACUCUCUCGUCAACACCAUCCAGGCUUUCGUGAACAUGGGCAAGCCUUUCGCGUACCAGACCUGUCCGCUGACGGGCCGCUGA